AUGAAUCCCGCCGAGUGUCGAAAUGCCUACACAAAAGUAUUCGAAGAGAAGACAUACCGAGGGCAGCUCCUCUCACUGCUCUCUCGAGACGAGUGCGUUGCUCUACAAGACGCCUCUCUAGCGUCCCUUCCGAGUGAUACUUGCAAGAGGAAACAUCGCUACCGGAGUAAGGGAACUGGAUUGCCUGCGUAUGUUAACGCCAUUACCCAGGACCUCGCCGUGGAAUGCCUGGGACCAUGCCGGCAGCGCACUCUCAAAUGGUGCCAUGGCAUGAUGCCUAAUAAAGCAUUGGAUAUUCUUGCUGGUGUUGAAGGUGACUUGAAGAGCUCAUUUCGCAAAGGUUUGACGUCGCUCUGCAAUUCUUCAGAGGUGCAUCUCCCUCCAGGGUACGAAGACUUAAGUCCUUAUGUCAAGGGAAUCGCGACAUUCCAUGCUUCUGCUGUCAUGACAGGCCCGGGCCAGGCCACCGGUCUAUCAGCUCCAAUAGUUCGCUGGUGUAUGAUCAAUGAGCUGCAGUCACAAUUCGAUCAAACAGCUGCUGGUAACGUCUAUGAUUGUAGUUCCGUGCCUUUUGCGUCCUGGGCCGGCCCUGCUCUCAACAGUGUUCUCUCAACAAGGGCCCGCAAAGACCGGCCUGUUCGACAGACGAAGUUCCCUUCAUUUGAGGCGCAUAUGUUCGAAGAUGCACUGUACGGUGCCUGCAGCUACGAUCGCCAGCCGCUGGAGCAACUUGCGGAUUCGAGGCCCGACGCUUUCGAUGAGAUUUCCUACUCUGCAGGGUACACGGCCUUAGCAUCGUUUGUGUGGGGUGCCAAUGCGCACCUUGACCUGUUACGCGGACAAGUCGAUCAAGAUCCUGCUACCCAUCUACCCGAACACUGGUAUGCUCGAGUUUGGCACGAUGCACUGUUUGGGGAGUCUGCGCCUGAGGAGCUAUACAGAUGGACAGCACGUACAAAAGACCACGGGAGCUUCACUGGGGAUCGAGACUUCACCGAAUGUCAGUCUGACUGUAGCUGUCCCGAAAGAUACCAUAAAUAUGGUCUAGGAGCAACACUGUUCUGGGCACGAGAAACGUGGUGUGGAGUAUCCUGUCCGUCUGCGCCAUUUGAUGUCUGGAUGCUUGGCUCCUUUGUCGACGGUGUGCGGGCUAUUCUCCAUUGUGGUGAGGGGAAACAUAGCCCUGCACCAGAACGAACCGCGUCUGCAGCCUUGCCCGUCCGGAAAGCAUGCAUUGGCGGGAUUGCACAGGUGAGAUGUCAAAUCACACACCUGCUUGUAUGGUGUGCCAUCGAUCAACGCUCCAAGACCCCAAGGGCUCUGGCCAAGAAGCCAAAGAGUUGCAGGAGAUACUGGGGGUUUGUGUGCAAGCCAAUUGGUAUUGUGAAACGAAGAGUGGCAGCUCUGAAAUUUGCGAAGAAGUCCAUACUAGGAUCUUAGUUUGAACAGACUAAGGAAGGCUCGGGCGAUAUGAAGUAUAUUGCGUGGAUUUAGG